GCUCUGAUUCUCUGGAUUGCCACUCAAACGUCUUGGAAACGCCCCACUGACCAGACCUUGCAUACUCUACAUUCCAAUGGGGGAGCUGUGGCAUUAUGUCUGACAAGAGUGAGCUGAAAGCAGAGCUUGAAAGGAAGAAGCAACGCUUGGCACAAAUCAGAGAGGAAAAGAAAAGGAAGGAGGAGGAGCGCAAAAAGAAAGAGGCGGACCAAUUGAAAGAUGCUGCACUUCACCAGGAUGACUCUGACCUGGAGAAAAAAAGGCGUGACGCUGAGGCCCUGCUACAGAGUAUGGGCAUAACCCCAGAUGCUCCUGCUGUCCCUCCUCCCAUGUCUCCAACUGCCAAAUCGGCUGGCACACCAAGUGAGGCAGGGAGCCAGGACUCUGAUGGAGCCGUGGGACCCAGGACUCUGCACUGGGACUCUGACCCGUCCACUCUUCAACUUCACUCUGAUUCUGAGCUGGGGUACUGGACACUCUCUUCUCUCCUUUCCUGGCGAGGAACGCCAAAACUGGGAAUGGCCAAAGUCACACAAGUGGACUUCCCUCCGCGUGAAACUGUGUCCUACACAAAAGAGACCCAGACACCUGCCAUGACCCAGCAAAAAGAAGAGGAAGAAGAAGAGGAAGAAAUCGCUCCUCCUCAACCAGUAGCCGAGACUCCGACUGAGAAACCGGACCAGAAUGAGGAGGAGGAAGCACCCCCCCAUGAGCUAACAGAGGAGGAAAAACUCCAGAUCCUGCACUCAGAGGAGUUUGUGAAUUUCUUUGACCACAGCACUCGCAUUAUUGAGCGGGCUCUAUCAGAGCAUGUGGACCUCUUCUUUGACUACAGUGGCCGUGACCUGGAGGAGAAGGAGGGUGAAAUCCAGGCUGGAGCAAAGCUCUCCCUCAACAGGCAGUUCAUGGAUGAGCGCUGGUCCAAACAUCGUGUCGUCACCUGCCUCGACUGGUCCCCCCAGUAUCCUGAACUCCUGGUUGCCUCAUACAACAACAACGAGGACGCUCCUCACGAGCCAGAUGGGGUAGCGUUAGUCUGGAACAUGAAGUACAAGAAGGCAACACCGGAGUACGUCUUCCAUUGUCAGUCUGCUGUUAUGUCGGCUGCGUUUGCCAAGUUCCACCCUAACGUUGUGGUGGGGGGCACAUAUUCAGGGCAGAUCGUACUGUGGGACAACAGGAGCAACAAGAGAACCCCGGUGCAGAGGACACCCCUGUCUGCAGCAGCACAUACGCACCCAGUUUACUGUGUGAAUGUGGUUGGCACCCAAAACGCCCACAACUUGAUUAGCAUCUCCACUGAUGGAAAGAUGUGUUCCUGGAGUCUUGACAUGCUUUCACAGCCACAGGACAGCAUGGAGCUGGUGUUCAAGCAGUCCAAAGCUGUAGCUGUCACCUCCAUGUCUUUCCCUCUCGGAGAUGUCAACAAUUUCGUGGUGGGCAGUGAGGACGGCUCUGUCUACAUGUCGUGUCGUCAUGGAAGCAAAGCGGGCAUUAGUGAGAUGUUUGAGGGCCAUCACGGGCCCAUCACAGGGAUCAACUGCCACACAGCUGCAGGGCCCCUGGACUUCUCCCACCUUUUUGUUACCUCCUCUUUCGACUGGACUGUUAAGCUGUGGAGCACCAAGAACAAUAAGCCCCUGUACUCAUUUGAAGAUAACUCGGAUUACGUGUAUGAUGUCAUGUGGUCUCCGACUCACCCCGCUCUGUUUGCUUGUGUGGAUGGAGUUGGACAUCUGGACCUGUGGAACCUCAACAAUGACACUGAGGUCCCCACUGCCAGCGUCACAGUAGAGGGUAACCCAGCCCUCAACAGGGUCAGAUGGGCUCAUUCUGGCAGAGAAAUUGCUGUGGGAGACUCUGAUGGACGAGUUCUUGUGUAUGAUGUGGGAGAGCAAAUUGCGGUUCCACGAAACGACGAGUGGACCCGUUUUGUCCGCACACUGGCAGAGAUCAAUGAGAACAGGGAUGAUGCAGAAGAGCUGGCAGCUCAGCGUCUUUCUGCCUGAUCUAGUCGCCAUGGACACAACGUUUAAGGGACCAGUGGCGUGCUCAUUAGUAUCAGCCCCAUUUUGAUUGGAGGGAAAUGGACAUCUUUUGAUUUCUUACACUUUCUUAUUUGGACAACUCUUCCUUCUCAGUUAGCUGGACCGUCACCAGUCUUCCUUGGAAUAACACAAGUAACAGGGCUAUCAACCUCAGACACUAACAUGAAGCCAUGUUCACUAACACAACAACAUCGUCCUUUUGUCAACCAGAUGCCUUAAAGUUUCAUUUUAAUUUUGACUGUAAAAAUCCUUACCUGUCUUUAUUUACAGCAUGUUAACAUGAGCCUUAAUUUUGAGUUAAGUAUCUCAAGCCAAAUAUUGUACGUGCUCCAGUCCACAUAUUCACGAGAAGCACUCAUAGCUGUUCUCCUUUUCCACCAAAGUUGAACUGAAGCAAUCACAUCUUUAAACAUCCAGGGAAUGUAAACAUUUCAAGCUGUAGCCCAUGUUGUCGUCUCUCUUCCUUUAGACUUGAUGACACAAAUAAUCACUUGUUUGUAUAAUACUGAAAUGUCCAAAAUCCAAAUGUCUUUCUACUUCUAUAUUGUUCUAUAGUACACCAGUCUCCACUUAAUCAGUGCAGCUGGUCAAACUUCAGAUAGUUGGAAUAUCCUCUAUGCUGUAACUGCUCAGUGAUUUCCAGAUCUGUCAUGUAUGUUGAUAGGAUCUGAACAGAGAUGGUUUGUUUCCUGAAGAAUCUCAAAGCUCUGUCAAAUGUGAGAAUGUACUUUUCACACAGUAGAAACAAACAGUUUGAAUGAUUUAUUUCAAUAAAAUACAAUAAAUACAUUUAAAUUA